UCAUGACCCCACGUUGGUCCAGCAGCGCGGUGAUUGGCCGGGGCGCGCCGAGCCUAGCAUGGUCGGGGCGGGGCCGGGUUCUGGUUAGCUGGAGGAGUGUGAAACCGCGUGUUAAUGUAACCAGUUGUGGAGAGGAGAGGGCGGCCCGAGUGUGUUCCGUGUCCCGUGCUGACAGUCCGACUCUCCGCCGAGGCCUGGAUCCCGUGUUGGGGCGUCGAGUCUCCGGUGAUAGCGCCGCCGCUGGGUUUUGGUGUGUUGAGAGAAGUUGGCGAGGAGGCUGUGCCCGUACCGGGGAAGGUGGGGGAUGAGCGCUAGAUAGCACCGGGAUAAGGCUUUGUGCUGUGGAUGGUUACUGCUCGCCGCCCGGGCUGCUGAGAAGAACCUGUCCGGAUCUGCCGCCAAGCCUUGUGGAUCUAUCCGCUUUUCCUCGGAAACUUGUAUAGCCCGGAAAGUUUUGUGGGCAGCUCGGUGUGUGGCCCCCCGGGCAGGGAGCGCCAGGGUCCGGGUUGUGUCGUUGUUCUGUGCAGACAAAGGACGCCCCGUAGUGAGGAGGAGGAGGAUGCUGGCGGGCUGGGCUCGGUGCUUGUAGCUCCCGCCACCCGCACUCUUCUACCGCUGGAGUUACCGCAAGUCGUCAAGAAUUGAGCUACAAAGGGGCAAAGCGGCGGCUGGGAGAGCCAUGUUUCCCCAGAGCAGACACCCGACGCCGCACCAGGCCGCAAGCCAGCCAUUUAAAUUCACCAUCCCGGAGUCCUUGGACCGGAUUAAGGAGGAAUUUCAGUUUCUCCAAGCGCAGUAUCACAGCCUUAAGUUGGAAUGUGAAAAACUGGCAAGUGAAAAGACAGAGAUGCAGAGGCAUUAUGUAAUGUAUUACGAGAUGUCCUAUGGACUGAACAUUGAAAUGCACAAGCAGACAGAAAUUGCCAAGAGACUGAACACGAUUUGUGCACAAGUCAUCCCAUUUCUUUCUCAGGAACAUCAACAACAGGUGGCUCAAGCUGUAGAGCGUGCCAAACAAGUGACAAUGGCAGAGCUGAAUGCCAUCAUCGGGGUACGUGGCCUUCCAGGUCUACCUCCUACACAGCAGCAGCUACAAGCUCAACAUUUGUCACAUAGUCAUGGACCACCAGUGCCUCUAACUCCACAUCCGUCAGGACUCCAGGCUCCUGGUAUUCCACCUCUAGGGAGCAGUGCGGGUCUCCUUGCCCUUUCUAAUGCACUUGGUGGGCAAUCUCACCUUGCCAUAAAGGAUGACAAGAAGCACCAUGAUUCAGACCACCAUAGAGAGAGAGAGCCAGGAACAAGUAAUUCUUUGUUGGUUUCUGACAGUCUGCGAGGAACAGAUAAAAGGAGAAAUGGACCAGAUUAUUCUAAUGACCUCAAAAAAAGGAAAGUGGAUGAUAAGGAUUCAAGUCACUAUGAUAGUGAUGGGGAUAAAAGUGAUGACAAUUUAGUAGUGGAUGUUUCCAAUGAGGACCCUUCUUCCCCAAGAGCAAGUCCAGCUCAUUCCCCAAGGGAAAAUGGAAUUGAUAAAAGCAGGUUAAUGAAGAAAGAUGCUUCAAGUAGUCCAGCGUCUACAGCAUCAUCAGGGAGCUCCACAUCCUUAAAAUCUAAAGAAAUGAGUAUGCAUGAAAAAGCCAGCACGCCUGUUCUGAAAUCGAGCACGCCAACUCCUCGUAAUGAUGUACCGACUCCCGGCACAAGUGCUACGUCAGGUCUUCGCCCGGGUCUUGGCAAGCCUCCCUCCAUGGACCCUCUGGUUAACCAAGCUGCUGCUGCUGGUUUGAGGACACCGCUAGCAGUUCCAGGUCCCUAUGGUUCGCCAUUUGGAAUGGUACCUCAUGCUGGAAUGAAUGGGGAACUUACCAGUCCAGGAGCGGCAUAUGCAAGUUUACACAAUAUGUCCCCGCAGAUGAGCGCAGCCGCUGCAGCAGCUGCCGUAGUGGCAUAUGGCAGGUCACCAAUGGUUGGCUUUGAAACUCCUCCUCAUAUGAGAGUUCCAGGAAUGCCUCCAAACCUAGCUGGAAUCCCCGGAGGAAAGCCGGCAUAUUCAUUUCACGUUACUGCAGACGGCCAGAUGCAGCCGGUUCCAUUCCCUCCUGAUGCUCUCAUUGGCCCAGGAAUCCCUCGGCACGCGCGACAGAUAAACACACUAAAUCAUGGAGAAGUGGUUUGUGCAGUUACCAUCAGCAACCCGACAAGACAUGUGUACACUGGUGGAAAGGGAUGUGUCAAAGUCUGGGACAUUAGCCAACCUGGCAACAAAAGCCCGGUCUCUCAGCUGGACUGCUUGAACAGAGAUAACUAUAUUAGGUCAUGUAAAUUACUUCCCGAUGGAUGCACUCUGAUAGUUGGAGGGGAAGCCAGCACGUUAUCCAUAUGGGACCUGGCAGCGCCUACCCCACGUAUAAAAGCCGAGCUGACAUCAUCUGCUCCUGCCUGCUAUGCUCUGGCCAUCAGCCCCGAUUCCAAAGUCUGCUUCUCCUGCUGUAGUGAUGGCAACAUUGCAGUGUGGGACUUGCACAAUCAGACACUUGUCAGGCAAUUCCAGGGCCACACAGAUGGAGCCAGCUGUAUUGACAUUUCUAAUGAUGGUACCAAGCUCUGGACUGGAGGUUUGGACAACACAGUACGAUCCUGGGAUCUGCGAGAAGGCCGACAGCUCCAACAACAUGACUUUACUUCACAGAUAUUUUCUCUUGGAUACUGUCCCACUGGUGAAUGGCUUGCAGUAGGAAUGGAGAGCAGUAAUGUGGAAGUUCUGCAUGUUAAUAAACCUGACAAAUAUCAGCUGCACCUUCAUGAGAGCUGUGUGUUGUCCCUAAAGUUUGCCUAUUGUGGUAAAUGGUUUGUGAGUACAGGGAAAGACAACCUCCUUAAUGCUUGGAGAACGCCUUAUGGAGCCAGUAUUUUCCAGUCCAAAGAAUCCUCAUCUGUGCUGAGCUGUGACAUCUCUGUGGAUGACAAAUACAUUGUCACUGGAUCAGGGGACAAGAAAGCCACAGUCUAUGAAGUAAUCUACUGAAAGUGACUAAAAUGCUUUGGAAAGAGUAUCUGGGCCAAAAUCUGCUUUUUUGUGUAGAAGUAGAAAGACUGUUCUAAAAGAGAAGAAUGGAUUUUUUAACAUGGAUUUCCAACUCUAUACCUGUCUAUACAGAGCGUAAAAAGGGACUUGCAUCUAUAUAUUGUGGUUCAAUAAAGACUUUGAACAAACUGAAAUCAAGAAGAUGGACAUCAAAUGUCUUAAUGUGUCUGCUGAUUUUUUUUUAUUUUUUUUUUGUGACUCUCACUGAGGCGCAAACGUCCCAAAGUCAGGCGACUUACCAGAAUCUUAAAACACAAGUUUCUUUAUGUCCUAAAAUGAUGUUCAUUUUGUUUCCUUUUUUUUUAUUGUAUUUUUUUGUUGAAGGUCAAGUUUUUGUACAAAAUGUAAAUAUUUGUUUUCCUACAGUAAAGGCUUUAGUACCAACAGCAUUUUUUUAUUGUCAAAUAUGUAAAUUGCUACCCAUGGUGUAUAUAGGGUUUGUAAUAACUCAAUAAGGUUGUUGAAGGUCUAUUUUACUUUUGGUACACUGUAAUAGGUAUAGUGAAGUUGUAAAUGUUGUAAAAUGCAGCUGCAAUGAACGGUCAUCUGUGUAGUAGGCUGCUAGUUGAAAUGCCCUAUAUCCUGUCUCUUAUACCUUUUUUCUCUAUCUCAACCUGCUUGUAACUUACAAUGCACCUAUGAGGUCUUCCUCUUAACUCUGACAUUCAGGAAACGCUUUCUUUCUUGCACAAAACGGAGAAACGGUCUUUCUGGAACUUGUGAAGAGUCAGUGGGGGAGAGUUAUCAAAACCGAUGCAGAGGAAGAGUGGUGCAG